AUGAUGAGCAAAUGGUCAUCGAAGGCGGCUGAUCACAAGGUGGUCAGGCUACGCAACAACCAGCGCCGCCACCGCAAGAAAGUCAAAGAUCACAUUGCGGAUCUCGAGACCCGCCUAGCAGAGACACAGCUACAACUUACCCAGGCUCGAUCCCGUAUCGCAGAGCUUUCUCAGAAGCUAGAGCAAGCGAGGACACAAGGCAACUCAAUGCUGCUCGAAGUUCACGAAGCCUCGAAAGAAUUUCCAACGACAAGAAAUGGAGCAGUUAAGCCAUUGACACGCGGACAUAGCUAUCAAUCGACUUUAGUCCAGGAGUCACGCAAGAUCUUGGGUCGUCAACAUGGUCGCUUUGUAGUCCAGCGAGGAAAAGACAAAACGAACCAACAAGCCUCCCUUGCUCCAAACCAAGCUAUUUCCAGCGGGGUAUGGAAUUGGAAUCCGUCUCCCAUCUUAUCAGCUCCAUGGGCCAGCGACAUAACGGGCCAGGCGCUUACACCCGACUACGAGGCAUUCACAGACUCUGAAGACCGGGAUUGCCGUAACUUGCCGCUUCCAGAGCCAGGAAAGUCGACUACCCGUUGCCGAGAUGCCUAUUCUAUCAUCACUCAGCAAAACUACAAGGCCUUAGAUAGCUCUGUUAUCCGUGGAUGGUUAGAACCUGGGUUUCGGGGAGCAGUUUCUGAAGGCGAUGGAUGUCGUAUAGAUACAGACUUGUUAUUCACGUUGUUGGACUUCAUUAGCUCCUCGUAG